UCUGAGAAAGAGUAGCCUUCUUUACAUUAGAGAAGAAAACAAAGCAAGAUGGUUGUCAAGCUACUUGGACCUGCCUUUGCCUCCUGCAGCAGAAGGGUGCUCGCAUGUCUGAUAGAGAAAGAUGUUGAGUUCGAAAUUGUGCCUCUUGAUCUAUUGAAUGGGGAGCACAAGAAACCAGAAUUCCUCGCCUUACAACCAUUUGGAAAAGUUCCAGCAGUCCAGGAUGGAAGUCUCACCCUGUUUGAGUCAAGGGCUAUCGUAAGAUACUAUGCAGAGAAAUAUGCAGGACAGGGGACUUGUCUGCUGGGCAAGACAUUGGAGGAGAGAGCAUUGGUUGAGCAAUGGCUUGAAGUUGAAGGACAAAACUUUAGGCCUCAUGGCGAUGCAAUAGUUUAUCAGCUGUUCGUCGCCCCAAUUUUUAAUGUGCCUCAGGACAAGGCACUUAUUGAGAGCAGUGCUGAAAAGCUAGGUGAGGUGUUAGAUGUGUAUGAAGGGAGGCUGUCAAAGAGCAAGUACUUGGCAGGAGACUUUUACAGCCUUGCUGACCUGUCUCAUCUUCCAUCUAUAGAGUAUAUAUUGAGUGCUACUGAUAAGGGAUAUCUGAUAAAGAAUAGAAGACAUGUGAAUGCAUGGUGGGAGGAUAUUUCCUCCAGAUCUGCAUGGAAGAAGGUUUUGGCUUUGGGAGGAUAUUCAGGAGUUAAUUAAAUGCUCUGCCAACAGCCAAAAAAAAGAUUAAGAAUUUUGCCUAAGUUAUAUAAAAACAAAAUUGUAUGUGUCAAUAAACUUUUCUCAAUAUUUUUUUGAGAAGAUUUU